GUGAUUUGCGUUGCAUCGACUAACGUAUGAUUAAGGUGUGGAAUGACGUCGGCAUGGCUAUAUGCAGAACCUGCCACAUGCCUGGCUAAGUAUAUGGUAAUGUUACAGGACCUGAAACAAUUAGUUGGACGCACCAUUAUAUCGAAGCAAAGCUUAGAUGAAGCUAGGGUUGCGGAAGCAUUCUCGGUGAUGGUAUUCUUGCUUUGCGGUUAUGGGCCUAACCGAUAUUUUCUUCUAAUCCUCGGAGCUUGUAAAAAUUGAAAGGUUGGCUGGAAGUUAUAAAUCAGGGAUUGGUAGGGU